GCAGCAGGUGUCGCUGUGAAGCAAACGAGCAGACUAUCCAUUUCCUACAAAGAAGAAAACUAACGCAUGAAGAAAAUAUGUGUAACAACGGCCAACAGGUCCAACAUUUAACGAUUUCAGCUCUUUUGGGAGAGAAUAGAUUGUUACUUGUGUGAGACCAUUUGGGUACAACUGAACUAUGAACUACAUAUCCCAGAAUGCACCGAGGAGAUAAGUGCUGGUCGUCUGCCAGAGUUCACUCUGUGUGUAUGAGCGACAGCGACGCCGCAGCUGCCCGGGACAAUAAUCCUGCUGCUGAACAGAAGCAGUCCGUGCUGCUGGACUGCUGCGGAGGACUCAACAACGUCGAUUAUUCGAAGAUGGACUUGACACCGAUGGAAGAACUACUGAAACACAUCGACUUUCAUGACUCCAGCUUUUGUAUCGCUGUGAUUGCCAUCAUUUUCAACCCUCUCUUUUGGAAUGUGGUGGCAAGAUGGGAGCAUCGAACACGGAGACUCUCCAGGCUCUUUGGUAGCCCCUACCUAGCCUGUUACAGCCUGGGCUUUGUCAUCAUUCUGCUCAACGUUUACCGCAGCCACAGUAUGACGGUGGCGAUGAAGGUCCAGGCCAGAUGGGAGGUGAUGGACAGGACAGGCAUCUUCUACACUGGCGUAGCUCUAAUGGUGGUGGGCACUCUACUGGUUGUCAGCAGCUUCCUGGCUCUGGGAUUCACUGGAACCUUCUUGGGUGAUUACUUUGGCAUCCUGAUGGAUGAGAAGGUGACAGUCUUUCCCUUCAACAUCAUGGAGAACCCGAUGUACUGGGGCAGCACUGCUAACUACCUUGGCCUGGCACUUAUUGGUGCCAGUCCUGUUGGCCUUCUCCUGACUGCCAUAGUAGCUCUGGCUUACAAGGUGGCGAUAAGAUUUGAGGGACCAUUCACUGGACAGAUCUAUCAGGAGAGGAGUCAGCGCCGCAAGCAUGAGUAAUCACCUCCCUCGCAGUCACUUCCUGCUCCUGGUUUGGCUGAGGAUUCCCGUCUUGUCACAAGGACAGACAGACUGAACAACAGACGGACUUAACAACAGCCUUGAUUAUUAAUCCAUCUCCAGUGUGGAUUUAACAGCAACAAUCACACUCUUCUCA